GGAACCGGAACCGGGAUCAGGAUUGCGAUCGGGACCGGCAUCACGAUCAGGAGAUCGGGGGACCGGGAUUGGCACAGCGACCGGAGAGGGGCAGCGCAGCCCGGCCGGCUCAGCCGGGGGCCGGUGGGAGCGGCCGGCAGCGGCUCGGGAAUGGGCCGGGCCGGGCCCCGGCGGCCCCCGGCACCCCCCCGCCGCUGCCGGGGCUGAGGUGCCGCCGGCCCGGCCCAGCCAUGGCCGCGUGCGGCUGUAACGCGCUGCUGGCCGCGGCCAGGGCCAGUUUCAGGGGCUCCCACCUCCUGGCGCACUCCAGCCCUCUGUACCCUCCAGCCGUUGCUCUUGUCCAGCUGGUGGAUUCCCAGUUAACCUGGACUUCCAGAGACUCCAAAAGCCAGCCCUGGGCACGCCACACCUGCCUGGGCGCUGCCCUGCCUCGUCCACGUGCCCACAGCCUGCACACCUCCACCAGCUCAUGGCAGCAGCUCCCAGAUGAACACCUGCCCCACCAAAACCCCAGGAACCAGGCAGCUAAACCUUCUAAAAUUCUGACAAAGCAGAUCGUAGGGGCUCCUGGAGGAAAAAAGUCCUUGCGACAGAAAGUUGUGGAUGAGCUGAAGCAUUACUACAAUGGAUUCCACCUGCUCUGGACUGACACCAAGGUGGCUGCCAGGAUGGUGUGGAGGCUGCUCCACGGGCAGGUGCUCACCAGGAGGGAGAGGCGAAGGCUGCUGAGAACUUGUGCAGAUCUCUUCCGGCUGGUUCCCUUCCUGGUGUUUGUCAUUGUCCCCUUCAUGGAGUUUCUGCUACCUGUGUUCCUGAAGAUCUUCCCUCAAAUGCUGCCCUCAACAUUUGAGACGGAGUCAAAAAAGGAAGAAAAGCUGAAGAAGAAAUUAAAUGCAAGGCUGGAGUUGGCCAAGUUCCUGCGGGAGACCAUUGCAGAGAUGGCCAAGAGGAACAAAGCAGACACAGGACAAGGGAAGCAAUUCUUUUACCUGCACGAGACCCGCCACCGUGGCCACCAGCCCAGCACGCAGGAGGUGGUGCGCUUCUCCAAGCUCUUCGAGGACGAGCUGACCCUGGAGCACCUGGAGAGGCCCCAGCUGGUGGCUCUGUGCAAGCUGCUGGAGCUGCAGCCCCUGGGCACCAACAACCUGCUGCGCUUCCAGCUGCUGAUGCGGCUGCGCAGCAUCAAGGCCGACGACGAGAUGAUUGUCAAGGAAGGGGUCGGUGGCCUGAGCGUGUUGGAGCUGCAGAGUGCCUGCAGGGCCAGAGGGAUGCGCUCAGUGGGGCUCUCUGAGGAGCAGCUGAAGGAGCAGCUUGGGCAGUGGCUGGAUCUGCAUUUAAAGGAGAACGUUCCUUCUUCUCUCCUCCUGCUUUCCCGUGCCUUGUACUUAAUAGACUUAAGGCCACAAUCUGUUUCCACUCCACAGAAUAAGAAUGAAGAAUUUGUGUCCCAGCCAACAGAGAAAUUGCCAUUCUCAGAAGCAUCAGUGAAGCCUCCCCCACGAGAGACCAAAAUGGAAGCAUCCCAGAGCAGCAAGGCUGGUGCCAAUGGAGCCUAACCUGGAGCCAGCACUGGGAGGAAGCAGCUUCCAUCCCCACACCUCCUGCAAAGGGAGCAGGCAUUUCCCAGGAGGCUGCUCUACACAACAAGGCAAUUGCCCUCAGGGGCCUCUCUCUCUGUCCCAAGCUUGUUAGCAACUAGGCCAUUGUUGUCUGAAUGGCCCCAGACAUCUCUUUCGUGCUGGAUCCUUGCCCUGCUACUUUUAACUUAUGGUGUAAAUAUGUUAAUAAUGGUGCUGCUGUCUGUGCUGUUCCUGAGCAGGUGUUUGUGCUUAGCAAAGGCAGCUUUUCAUGUCAGAACAGGCUGGUCUGGGAGUCCAGCAAAGCCUAUUCUGAGUGUUAAAUCCUCUGCAGGAACAUCCCCCCACAUCCAGGGCCAGCAGCUUGUCCUGGGUGUCACAGCUCAGGCUCUUGGUCCUAAUUAGGGUGUUGUAACCAGUGACCAGCCCACAAGGACCCAUGUGGCCACAGUUUUACUGAGGAGGGUAAGCACAGGGAGGAGCUGUGGUAGAAGUGAUCAGAAGGAUUUCAGACCUUGCUGGACAGGAACAGAGCAGUGACAGGAACAGCCUCCCCCUGGAAGUGUUGCUUGCCCAGUGAGAGCUGUGCAGGUGCCACACACUGUGACAGAAUCAGACUUGCACUUUCAGGAUCCCUCUGGGCCACGUGAGGGAGCAGCCAGGGACCUGCACACCUUUCCCAAGCGUGGAGAUUUGGUUAAUCCUUACCAGGCUCAGAAUACACUCCAGGUGCUCUCCAUACUUCACAAAGUGACUCCUCACACACUUCAGUGAUGACUCAGUUUUUGCCAGAUUCUCAGAGGACACUGAAAAGCUGUUUUUAGCAUUUGUUAAAUUUUUUACUCUGUCUUAUGUAAAUGCUGAGAAAUUACUUACAUUAUGGAUUUUAAAUAUGUAUAUUUAUACUUACUGUAAAGUUAGAUUUGGUGCUAAGUAGGAAUGAAAUGUCUCUUCCAGAGGUCAGACAGCUUUUAGAACAACCCGACUUAAAGCCAGUUCUCCAAGGUCAGGUGUGAGCAGCACUUUAAACCUGAGGCCUCAGGCUCCUACAGCAUUGCAGAGCUGUCAGGAGUUUUGUGUCUUUAGCUCUGUACCUGAACCUCUCCUUGUUCACCCAGCCCACCUGCAGUUCUGGACCUUGUCUAAUAAACGGGAGCAAAUGUUAUUUCAAUAAAAUAACACCUUUGCUGUGGA